GUUUUCAAAAUGGACGACUUCGCAAGUUGAUUCUUGUCAAAAUGAAAUUUUUCUCUAAAAUACUGACUGCCAGUUGAAAAUCGUACUUGAAUUUGUUAGACAUGAAUUUUUCUGAGUUAUUUCACCAAUCUGGACAACUCUGUCGUUUUUCCCCUGAUGGAAAGUACCUGGCAUCAGCAGUUGAUUACAGACUUGUCAUCAGAAAUACAGAUACAUUACAAAUAGAAAAUGUCUUUUCUUGUGUUGAUACCAUAAAAUAUAUUGAGUGGUCAUGUGAUUCAGGGUUUAUUCUCUGUGCCAUGUUUAAAAGAUCUAUAGUACAGGUAUGGUCUAUGGAACAACCAGAAUGGGUGUGUAAGAUAAAUGAAGGGCCAGCAGGAUUAGUAAAUGCUGUUUGGAGUCCUGAUGGUAGACAUAUUCUAACUACAUCAGAUUUUAAUAUUAGAAUAACAGUAUGGUCCUUAGUUACCAAAUCUGUCUCUUAUAUCAGAUAUCCUAAACAAUGUGAUAAAGGUUUAGUGUUCAGUAAUAAUGGUAAAUUUAUGGCACUUGCUGAAAGAAGAGAUUGUUCUGAUUAUAUCAGUGUUUUUGCCUGUGAUAACUGGUCCUUAUUAAAGAAUUUUGAAUGUGAAACAGAAGAUCUAGCUGGUAUACAGUGGUCACCUAAUGAUUGGGUCCUAGCUGUUUGGGAGUGUGAAUUAAAGUAUAAGAUACUGAUCUAUCAUCCAGAUGGAAGACUGUUAUCAACCUAUUCAGCAUAUGAUUGGGCCCUGGGAAUCAAAACAGUAUCCUGGUCACCAACAUCGCAAUUUCUGGCUGUUGGAAGUUACGAUGAGAAGGUACGAAUAUUAAAUAAUAGAACAUGGCAGAAAUUGAUAGAAUUUUCACAUCCUGAGACUAUUGAUACAGAAAAUGUGGCAGUGUAUAAAGAGAUUGAAACCAGAACUCCUACAGCACCAGUAGAUCUAGAUCCUCCUACAGCAUCACUCUUUAAUUCACAGAGUAAAUAUGAAUGUCAGCCAUUACCAGUUGAAGUUCCAACAGUCAAACCUAAUGUAAAUAAAGCUCACCCUAAAAUAGGUGUCAGCACUGCUUACUUUAGUCCGGAUACCAAAUAUAUGCUCACUAGAAAUGAUAAUAUGCCAUGUGUGCUGUGGAUCUGGGAGAUUAAAAGAUUAGCAUUAUGUUCAGUUUUAAUACAGGCUGCCCCUAUUAAAUGUGUAAAAUGGGAUCCAGUGAAACCACGUUUAGCUUUAUGUACAGGUAAUAAUAAGUUAUAUAUGUGGUCACCAGAAGGUUGUUUAUCUGUCGAUGUUCCUGCAGGUCGCUUUGCUGUUCAUUCUUUAUCAUGGCAUCCCACUGGAGAUUCCUUACUAUUAUUAGAUAAAGAUAUGAUGUGUGUAUUAAUUAACGCUGACAAUCGUAGUCGAGAAUCCUGAUUGAUGUAUGGAUAAAAACUGAACAAUGAUUAUUAUUAUUAUUAUGGACAGACUACUGCAAAUUCUGUUAAGAUAGUUAUUGAUAUAUUGCUAUUACCGUCCUUUAUCAAAUCAUUAUAUAUUUAUAAUAAAAUUUUGAUAAACAUAAAUU